AUGACUGAACAAGCUGAGCACAGAGACACUCGGACAGACCAGACUCGUCCGGCCAGAGCUGCAGUCUAUUUCUCCAACCCCAUAAUGAGCGAUACCGAGUCUGACUGGUCUCCCAUACACGACGCCGCAUACAACGGAAGACUUCUCUCUUUGCACAACCUUAUUGGUCAAGGGGCCAGCGUGAACCUGACCACGCUGGAUGGGGUGUCCCCUCUUCACGGCGCUUGUCAACAAGGCCACACUGGGUGUGUGAAACUCCUCAUACAACACGGAGCCAACGUGAACACCUCUACAGUGAACUGGAACACUCCUCUCUCAGAAGCUUGUGCCCAGGGCCAUUUGGCCUGUGUCAACCUGUUACUUCAGCAAGGGGCGUCACCCAGUGCCGCUGGGAACCCCGCCUUCCCCUCGCCGAUUCACACGGCCGCCGCCAGAGGUCAUACGGAUUGCGUUGAGUCCUUGGUGCGUUAUGGAGCAGACAUUGAUCAGUCCUCCGACCAAUCAGGCACUCCCCUUUUCACCGCCUGUGCCAAUCAGCAACUCACCACAGUCAGAAAACUACUUGACGCAGGUGCGAAUGUGAACAGGGGUAAGAGUGGAGAUUCCCCGCUCCACAUUGCUGCACGUCUCCCCGAUCCGGAGUUGGUCAAGACGUUGUUGGCACACGGCGCCGACCAAACCCUGAGAAACGCUGCCGGUAAACGGGCGCUGGACCUCGCGCCACUGAACAGUGCUGUGGAGACGUUACUCGGUCCGAGAGAAGGACCGUCACCUCUGCUGCAGUUGUGUCGUCUGUCCAUCAGGAAAACUUUAGGACAAGAUCGGCUGAGAGAGAUCCACAGUUUGUCAAUACCGUCUGAGCUGAAACAGUACCUUCUCUAUCGAUCAGAGCCAUGGACUAAUAUGGGUGACGUGGACAGUUGA